AUGGAUAUAAAGGAAGUGCAGAAAGAUGCUGAAAUUUUUUACCAAAAGCUUCUAAGUAUUGAAGAUUAUUUUGGAAAUAAAAAAUAUAAGAAUUUAGACUACAAUAAGAACUGCAGUCAUAAUGACGAGGGUUGUAUAUCUACUACAAACAACAGCACGAAAACCAAGAUACAAGAUGGAUAUUAUGACCAAGAACACCAGGAACUUCAAAGGUCUUUAAUAAAACUGAUUGAAACUGAAAUCAACCCAUUUGUUGAUGAGUGGGAGGCAGCAGGACAGUGGCCAGGCCAUAGGAUUUUUAAGCUCCUGGGUCAGGCAGGCUUUCUAGGCAUCAACAAACCUACAGAAUAUGGUGGUUUAAACCUGAAUUAUAAAUACCAUGCUGCUUAUCUAGAAGCCUUAGGUCACAUUCGAGCAGGAGGCGUUAGUUUAGGUAUUGGUGUGCAGACUGAUGUAGCUACACCUGCCCUCUCCAGAUUUGGAAAUGAGUAUGUGAAGAGGGAAUUCCUAGCACCAGCAAUCUCAGGAGAUGUGGUUGCAUGUCUUGGAGUAAGUGAACCAGGUGCUGGCUCAGAUGUUGCAGGGCUGCAGACAACAGCACGUCAGCAGGGGGAUGACCUAAUAAUUAAUGGUCAAAAGCUGUGGAUUACAAAUGCUUGUCAGGCUGACUGGAUAUGCAUCUUAGCCAAUACUUCCAUAGGACCUCCACACCGCAACAAGUCUUUGAUAUGUGUGCCUAUGAAUACUCCAGGUGUCAAUGUUGCAAGAAAGCUUGAUAAGUUGGGAAUGCGAAGUUCUGACACAGGCCACAUCUUCUUUGAUGAAGUACGAGUCCCAGCAAAGAAUAUUGUUGGAGAAGAAGGAAUGGGAUUCAUAUAUCAGAUGAAACAGUUUCAAGAAGAACGCCUUGCUAUGGCCUUAGGGACUCUAGUUCCACUGAAAACAAUCUUGGAGGAAACAAUUGACUACACAAGGGAGAGGAAAGCUUUUGGGCAGCCUCUGCUUAACAAUCAGUACAUUCACUUUCGCUUAGCUGAGCUAGAAACAGAACUUGAAUGUUUAAGAUCACUGAUUUAUAGAGCAGUUGAUCUUCUUGUGGCUGGCCAGGAUGUUACAAAGUUAGCAUCAAUGUGCAAAUUGAAAUCUGGUCGUCUUGCCCGUGUCUUCACAGAUUCUUUACUGCAGUUUUGGGGUGGCAUGGGUUUUACCAAUGAGGUGUUGGUAAGCCGUCUGUAUCGAGACUUAAGGCUCUUUUCCAUAGGUGGAGGAGCAGAUGAGGUAAUGUUAAGUGUCAUCUGCAAGUACAUGAACACUCUGCCUCAUGUACCUUUGAAGAAGGUGAAGUAAUUUCCUAUAGCAAAUGAUAACAGAAACAACAACUGAAUAGCAAGGAAAUGAAUUAGAAGUUAAAUACAAUAAAAUUUAGGAUGAGGGGGCUGUCAAGAAAUUACAGAUGAAAUCGAAGAUGAGUGCAAUUGUAUCUAAAAUACAAACUGAAUAUAAUGUUUAUUACUUAACAUAUAAUUGAUUUCUCUCUUAUUUUAUAAACCUAUUUAAUUAUUUUAACACAUCAACAUUAGUUUUUAAUAGUUGUAACUGUAUACUAUGUAAAUUCUGAUAUUUUAUUCUUUUCUCUAGAAUUGAUUGGUACUUAAAAGUUUAUUUUCUUUAUUUUAUUUUGUUCUUCGAAGAAGAAUAUAUACAAUAUCCUCUUUGUUUUAUCUUUAUGAUAAGCUGUACUUUAUUUUCUUUGAUGAACAGUAAACGUAUAGAACAAGAACUCCGUUAGGAUAUAUUUUAAGUGCAAAAGCACUGAUUUACAAUUCCAAAAUGCCUCUCUGCUUGCAAUACAAAUAAGUCAGUAUAACUCACCAUUAGAUCAUUUAGAAAAGAAAAUUGUAGCAGCUGCACUCUUGCUGCUAAAAGAAAAAAAAAUCUACAAGGCCAUACACAUCCAUUCAGUUGCUGAAGACUUCUGCUAAGAUUUUAUGAAGUUAACCAAUUCCAUGGUGAGAUUGCCUGCAACAGAAGUAUUCGUUAUUAUGGUAUAAUAGAUGGAUUUUGUACAAGUGAUGAUUGCUCAUAAAGAUAGUUCAAAUUAAAUUUGAUAAUAUUAUUUAUAUAAAAUUUUUAUGAAGGCUUGUUUAAUUUGAAUUGCUGUAAGUGUAAAGAAAUAAAAAUAUUUGAUUUUA